GUUUCUGUAUUUAUCGUUCCUCGGUGCCAAACGGAGUGUGAAUUCCCCGGCUCUGCCAGAAGUUUUGUGCGACGGCCUUUUUGGACGCAGAAUUUGCCCCCUGUACCGAACCAGCCUCCGGUGUAUCUCCGGUGUGUGUCGGUCGGAAGUGUCCUGCCGUAGGAAAUCCCGAAGCUUGUUCCGUUCCGAUCUAGUCUGGUCUAAGCUGACGAGUCGCGGCGGUGCGUUCAUCAGAACCAACCAGGCGGCAAAAAGGCAAACACAACCAGCUGGUCGACAGGUUUCCCAGCAGCUUCCGAAGCGCCGGACGGAGAAUUGAUUAUUCAUUCGAGCCGGGGGUUUCCCCAAGUGCAGUAGAGUAGAAAGAUUUAUUCGAUUUGCUCUCGUGGUUACUCCGGGACGUCGUAGUGCUGUUCCGCUACCGGUUUCCAAGUUCAGGGGCUUGAUUCGAUUAGUAUCAGCUCGUUGAUUAUGGUUCAAAUAAUUUAAUUUCACCCCCUCGCUGUGUGGAGCCGGAGUCGCAGCAUUGCAGUCGGUGUGUGCAGGAAAAAAAAGACAAUUUUGGAAUCUCGCUUACGGGUCUGCAAUCAACAGUUUUCAGUUCGAUUGUACCGGUAGAUUCCCUGGAACUUUUCGGGGAGGGAAAAGAAUCGAACUUCCUCGCCAUCGCCUGUGGCCUGUGUUAUUGUUUGAGUGCAUAAAAAUAAAACCAGUGUUGGACCAGUGAGUGAGUGAAUGCGAUUCUUCCGAGUGAUUUGGUGACCAGUGACCCUGAAAAUUUGAACUCGUGAACCAAACUGCAAGCAGACGGGAACGAACGAACGAACGACGGACAGUGAACGAACAGCCAGAACAGAAUCCGCAGAAGCAGAAGAAAUCCGUCAAAGUCAUCGCCAUCUUCUGGGGCCUCUCGAAGGGCUCCCCACUGCUGCCUGCAACUCGAUCGAUAAUCCAAACGUGUGUUUAGAAACUAUCCGGAAGUGAGUCGAAUGCUUGGCGCAAAAGGGCAAUAGGCGAGCCGAACCGAACAUCGUCCUGUCGGACUACCCCCCCCCCUCUUUUCGAAGGGAAAAUAUAGUAAGUAAAAGGAAAAACCACUACUAGCCGGCUAACCGGACCGGAACAUGGGACACUUGAAGAACAAACAGCGACGGCACCAACAAAAGGAAGCAGCUCUCCGACGGGAAGAACGAUUGCGGAAGCAGCUCGAUGAGGUGGACAUUAUGAAUUUGCCACUGCGAUUAGACAUCAAGAGGCGGCUAACGUCCCGCUCGGAUCGAGUCAAAUCGGUCGAUCUACAUCCCACCGAGCCGUGGAUGUUGUGCGCCCUGUACAAUGGGCACGUUCACGUGAUGAACUACGAGAAUCAGCAGCUGGUGAAGGAUUUCGAGGUGUGUGACAUUCCGGUACGAUGUGCUCGAUUUGUGGCUCGUAAAAAUUGGAUCCUGACCGGAUCGGAUGACAUGCAGGUGCGAGUAUUCAACUACAACACCCUGGAGAAGGUACACUCAUUCGAAGCGCACACAGAUUACGUUCGGAGCAUUGCCGUACAUCCGACACAGCCACUGAUUUUGACGUGCAGUGAUGACAUGUUGAUCAAACUGUGGAAUUGGGAGAAGCUGUGGUCCAUGCAGCGGGUUUUCGAAGGUCACACCCACUACGUGAUGCAGAUCGUGUUUAACCCGAAAGACAACAACACAUUCGCCAGUGCGUCGCUGGAUCGAACGGUUAAGGUAUGGCAGCUCGGGUCCAACGUACCCAAUUUUACCCUUGAUGGGCACGAGAAGGGUGUAAAUUGCGUCGAUUACUACCACGGUGGGGAUAAACCAUAUUUGAUUUCCGGGGCCGACGAUCGGUUGGUGAAAAUUUGGGACUAUCAGAACAAAACUUGCGUUCAGACGUUGGAAGGUCAUGCACAGAAUGUUUCGGCAGUAUCGUUCCAUCCGGAGUUGCCGAUUGUGUUGACCGGUUCGGAGGAUGGUACCAUUCGGAUCUGGCACUCGGGCACCUAUCGGCUGGAAACCUCGCUGAACUACGGUUUCGAGCGGGUGUGGACCAUUGCCUGUAUGCGAGGAACUAACAAUGUGGCGCUGGGCUACGACGAGGGUUCCAUCAUCAUCAAGGUGGGCCGCGAAGAGCCAGCCAUGUCGAUGGACGUAAACGGCGGUAAAAUUGUGUGGGCUCGACACUCGGAAAUGCAGCAGGUCAACCUGAAGGCCCUGCCCGAGGGCACGGAGAUCAAAGACGGCGAACGGCUACCGGUGGCCGUCAAAGACAUGGGAGCAUGUGAAAUCUACCCACAGACAAUUGCCCACAAUCCAAACGGACGAUUCGUGGUCGUCUGCGGUGACGGCGAGUACAUCAUCUACACUUCGAUGGCCCUGCGCAACAAAGCCUUCGGUUCGGCACAGGAGUUUGUGUGGGCCUCGGAGAACAGCGAGUAUGCGGUGCGAGAAUCGAGCGGUGCGGUUAAACUGUUCCGCAAUUUUAAGGAACGGAAAAGCUUCACCCCGGAUUACGGCGCCGAAGGAAUUUUCGGUGGACAACUACUCGGUGUCAAAACGUCAUCCGGAUUGUCGUUCUACGAUUGGGAAAAUCUCGAGCUGAUCAGAAGGAUUGAAGUGCAACCAAGACACGUAUUCUGGAACGAAGCCGGCACUCUGGUUUGUCUGGCAACGGAGGACUCGUACUUUAUUCUGCAGGUGGACACCGGUAUGAUUCAGAAUGCGUUGACCACCAAACAACAGCUCAGCGAGGACGGUAUCGAGGAAGCGUUCGAUGUUCUCGGAGAGGUCAGCGAAGCCGUUCGCACUGGACUAUGGGUUGGAGAUUGUUUCAUCUACACAAACUCGGUUAAUCGGAUCAAUUACUACGUCGGUGGUGAGAUUGUUACCAUUUCGCACCUGGAUCGGACAAUGUAUCUUCUUGGCUAUGUACCGAAGGAUAAUCGAUUGUACCUCGGCGAUAAGGAACUGAACGUCACCAGUUUCGCGUUGCUCCUGUCCGUACUCGAGUAUCAGACGGCUGUGAUGCGGCGGGACUUUGUAACGGCCGACCGGGUACUACCGACCAUCCCGAAGGAACAUCGGACCCGGGUGGCACACUUCCUCGAGAAGCAAGGUUUCAAACAGCAAGCUCUACAGGUUUCCACCGAUCCCGAGCAUCGGUUCGAUUUGGCCCUGCAGAUUGGUGAUCUCGACACGGCUCUGGUUUUGGCGCGGGAAUCUGACAGUCCCCAGAAAUGGUCCCAGCUGGCAAGCAUCGCAACCAGUAAGAAUAAAUUCGAUCUGGUUAAGGAGUGUCUCACCAAUGCGAAUGAUUUUGGUGGGCUGUUGUUGCUGGCUACCAGUUCGGGUGAUACCGAUAUGCUCCGGAAUCUUGGCGAAAACGGAGUAUCGCAGGGCAAAUUCAACAUCUCGUUUUUGUCGAUGUUCCUGCUCGGUGAUCUUGAGAAAUGUCUAGAAAUUCUGAUCCAAACCAAUCGGAUACCGGAAGCAGCUUUCUUUGCUAGAACUUACCUACCCAGCAAAAUUUCGUACGUUUUGGACAUCUGGCGGACGGAGCUGGCGAAAAUCAACGAGAAAGCCGGUCAAAGUUUGGCUGAUCCACAGCAGUACGAGAAUCUAUUCCCCGGUUUCUAUGAUUCAGUCAAGACGCAGCAAUUUUUGGCACCGGAACGAUCGACCCUGUUACCGGCUAGUUCGGCUAUUGAUGUCCCACUGAAUAUUGAUCGCAACCCCGUGGCAGAAAUGAAUGCAGCGGAGAAUGAGGGACGGUUCGAUUAUGACCCAAGCGCCAGUACAGAUGGCGAUGUUACGACAGCAGCAGACACGCACAAACCCCCCUCCACCCUAAUCAGCAACAUGAUGGACGCUCCGCUGAAUACAACAUCCGUGGCGGCGUCCAGUAUACUCACGGCUAUAGCAGCGGAAUCCCAACAGCCACCACCCCCAGCAACAACAGCAGCAGCAGCCAAUCCGAUCAUCAAACGGAAGAGCUCACUGGAAGACUUUGAGUCGGAAAUUGAAGCCCUGAACCUGGACGAUAACAUCGACACCUCGGAUGUGAAUAUAGACGAUGACCUGUUGAGUGAUUGAGCGGUGCGCGGCUGUCCCCCUCCGGUAGAAGGUGAAAACGCUACGCAAGCCCCUUCUUUCAGUAGUGCUAGAAGAGUAUAUAGAUCGUAAUGAUAAUUGAUAAAAAAACAAGGAAACAAAACAUUGUACGGAAAAAAACAAAAAAAAAAUGUAGUAGAAGAAGAAUGUUAUUUGAAUGGUUAUACUUGAGCGAUUAGUAGCGCAUGAGAAUAGAAGAAAAACGCAAAAAAAAAACUUGAAGUUUGUAUUAUGUGCAAAUGACGGAAAAAGGAAACAAACGAAAAGUAUUUUAGAACCGAUUGUUUUCGGCACACUUUUUCCCCCUAACACGAGGAAAAACCCUCUCAUAAAUUUAAUUGUGAAUGGGAACCGACGAAGUAAAUAGUAAACGCAAUAGCAUUUAGUAAAUCUUAAUUUCUCUGUAAUUCAAUUUCCUUUCAACAAAAUGGCGAAAUAAUCUACCACUUCCGGGAGAGCAAAAAAAACAUUUAUCUUGUGUCUCACAGUAUGAACAGUUGAAAACAGCAGUAUGUUGACCUAUGUGCAAAGUGAUUCGUUGUUUUUAACUGAAGGUUUUCAAAUGGGCAACAAUCUUACGAGAUGUAAAGAAUCUAGAGAAGAAAAAUGCCCAAUACAUCGCGUGAUGGGAUAACCAGAUAUGAAGUAAAAAAUCAUAUGUUAUUACUUAUCUAUUACCUUUAUUAUGAUUAUUAUUAUUAUUACUGCUAUAAGUGCUAUCCACAUUUUGUCUCUUUAUUAUAACUUAAGAAUCAGAAAGGAAAAGCAUAAGGAAGCAAAUCCAUCAAUAUAAAGAAUUCAGUAUAUAACAAA